CUGGGGAAGCAACGAUCUCGCCACAUUGCAGUCGCGAUUUGAGAGCGAGAGACGGGUACUUUCUUCGCGUUAAAAUGGAGACCGGCGGUGCAGCGUCCGAACAUCGUCCGAGCGAGAUCACGCAGGAGAGUGUCGAGGCGGCGCUCAGGAACGACAAGGGAAGCGACGCUCGCCUCGUCUCCUUCACGGUCCAGGAAUGCGGCAAAAAAGGAGACAAUUAUGCAACGUUUGUAGAUAGAGUUAAUGUGAUUUAUUCACUGCUUGAAACAACCCACAGUGUUUCUUACGUUGUGAAAUACAAUCCUAAUCGGUUUAAGGCAUUUGAAGAACUCUCGUAUGUUGUAUUUGUAAAAGAAGCAAUGUUUUAUGAGCAUCUUGUGCAAGAUAUCCAAUCCCAACUGAAUGAAAUUGGCCAGAAACCUCUGAGGGUUCCACAGUGUUACUACACGUCCUUAGAGGAAAACCGAGAAGUUAUUUUCCUUGAAGACCUUCGGCCCAAAGGAUUCACGAUGUUCGACCGCAAGAAAGGCAUGGACGUCGCCCACACCAAGCUCGUCCUCGAGGAACUGGCCAGACUCCACGCAGCCUCGUACCUCCUGAAGGUCAAGACCCCAGACCUUGCCGAGAAGUACCCAAUCCUGAAUAUGGAUUGGCUGAACUAUGCUGAUGAUGCAAGAGAAACCGUGCAGGAAAGAUUUUCCGAUCAAAUGGAUAUGGUUAGAGACAUGCUCAAGAAAGUUGGUGGGUACGAAGUGGCGGAAAACUGGCUCAAAAGAAACAAAGUGAGAAUAUUAGAGAUACUAGAAAAUAACAUUAAAGGAGUUCCUCCCUUUGAUGUGUUGUGCCACGGUGACUGCUGGACCAACAACGUGCUCUUCAGAUACAAUGAAAAGGAGGUUCCUGUCGAGGUCAUGUUACUGGACCUGCAAAUGUGUCGCCAGGCAUCCCUCGCCACGGACCUCACCUACCUCUUCUACACCAGUCUAGAAGGCCACGUAAGAACAUCAAACCUUGAGUCGUUUCUAGACACUUACUACUCGGCUUUCCUUGGUGUCACCGAAGCGGGGAAGUCUUCUCUGCCCUUCUCCCGGCAGGAGCUUCGUCGGGAGUACAACCACCGCCUGGAAUAUGGCCUUUUGCUGGCGUUGCUGGCGACUGUAAUAGUUCUGUGCGAAGGCGACGUUGCUGAGGAAAACGAGGAAGACUUUUCGGAAUCUGUUAAAAAGGUUUUGGAGAAGUUGGUUUCCAAGUCAACAAUACUGCGCCCAAGAUUCCUCUGUAUGUUUGACGAAAUGAUCGAAAACGGAAUAAUCAGGUGAGGUGGUAAAGCUUUUUUUUUUUUUUUUUUUUUCCUGGGAGUGAUGCACUUUAGAAAUAUUCCCUAUGUUAUUGUUGGUGUUAUUAUUAAAAAUCAUUAUCAAUA